GUUGAAGUGAUUCACACUAGUGCUGACAGUGUCUGUAUCUAUUGCUGUAUCUGUAAAUGAAAGGGCUUGAAAAUCAGAUGGAAAACAACCCUGUGUGUCUUCCUUAAGUGAUCAUGCAGAGAACCCGGCUGAAGAUCGAAGCGAGGGAACUGGACUUUGAAUUCGAGGUGCUCAAUGUGCAGUUCAACGAGCUGGGAAAGUAUGUGCUGCGGCUGACCGUGGAGAACCCCCUGCUUGAAGACUCUGGGACUGGGGUGCAGCUGCGGGUCAAUGACGGGGAAGUCCUCUACACCAGCACGGGAACCACCGACGUCAUCCAACAAAGCAGCCUGGACGAGGUGUACACUUGUCUCAGAUACAAGUUUGUCUUCACACUGCCACAAGGAUUCUGCAAAAAUGACAAAAACCAUGACGUGCGCUUGAAAAUCGAGGCGUUGCGUGUGCCGGACUCCCAGGUGAAGAAUGGCACCAAGGUUGGCGAGGCUUUCUUUGCCAUCUACCCACGAACCAACGCUCCCAGAAUCAACCUGUACGCCCGCAAAGAUGAAGAGCUGUACCACUACAGCAACAUCAUGGCUCUGCUCCGCGUCCAAAACGACUACCUAGCCAUGCACUGCGGCCGCCUGGCCUACACCGUCUCCUUUCACGAGGCCCGGCCUCCCCCUGACGACCCCAACGCUACCUCCCGCAUGCCUUCCAUCCAGGAGGAGGGCAAGGGGGGUGGGCAGACUCCACGAGCCUCCUCUCCUGCUCCCUCCACACUCAGUGUGCCCCCUUUAAUCCCGGAGCCCACCCAGCAGCAAGACCCUGAGCCCUCUCCAUCAGAGCCCACAGCUCAGGUACUACAGCUGCAGCCUGAGUCAGAAAGGAGGUCCUCCCCUGAGUCGAUGCUGGAGAGCCCCAGUGAGAGCCUGCCACCCACUCCCGAUGGAGGCCUCUCAUCAUCACGGCCCCACAGACGACCCAGCGAGGCCAGCCUGCACUUCCCCUCCCCCCAGGACACGCCAGGGCAGAGCCCUGAACCCCUGCCAGCUACACACGUGAUGGAGGCCCCCCCUGGAAAAAAUGAGGUGGCGCGUUCCCCUCUCACCAACAACUGGCACGUGUCCCGUCCCAGAAUGGAGGCAAUUACCGUCAUCCUGCACGGAGCGACCAACCUGCCCCCCCUGAGUGACGGAGCUGUGCCCCAGCCUUUCGCCACAGUCAAGAGUGGCACGGAUGAGAAGCAGAAGCUGAGCGCUCAGGGAGUGACCCACGCCACCGUGCAGCCCACGCACUCCCCAUCAUGGGAGGAGAAGGUGACAGUGGAGGUGGCUCAAGAGGACGUCAAGGAUGAAGUGGUGAUCCUGAAUGUAGCGGACAGCCGAACCAAAGAGCUGCUGGCCAGUUACCGGCUCCCAAUCCACUACCUGCAGCCCUUCCACCACUAUCACAUGGAGCUUGUGCAGGCCCAUAAGAGAGUGCCCGCGGGGGUGCGGCUGUACGCCACGGUGGUCCGGAAGGGCAGUGCCAUUCCUCGGCAGCCCGGAUUCUCCUUCACUGGAUUUGAGGUGCUGCUGCAGGCUCUGGAAAAGCCAUUGCUGGAACCGGUUGGUCCUCUGUUAUCAGUGGCUCGAAUUGUGCCUGAUUAUGAGUCAUACAAGAGCAGCAUGCUGGUGAGGACGCCCCGUGCAGCUGGAAUCGCAGUAACCACCAUCACCUUACCCAGCCUCCAUCUCUCCUCCUUUGAGGUGCUUCAGGUCUCCAGUCAGGGCUACCCCCAGGUCUCCCAGGCCGGGUUCCCCCAGGAGCAGCCUGUCUGGAACCACUCCUUCCUGUUCCACGGCAGAGACGGUGCCACGGCCUUCACAGGAGGGGCAGCCCUUGUGUUAGAGUACUACCCAGUCACUACAGUGAUGAACACGGUGUGCUGGCACAUCCGCAGCCCCCUGGGCUUCUCAGCUCUGUCCCUCGAUGAGGAUGUGUACCGCAAGCUGAUGGCAGAGAGCGGCCAGAGAGGGAUUCGUGUGGAAAAGUUGCCUGUGCAGGGCACCACUCUGAGAACCACCUCAAACACCAUCCCCAGUGUUGGCAUCAUUCUACGCCUCAUUGGCUCUGAGCGCCCGGACUCUCUCCUGGCCUCUGCCAACCCCAGCCUGCUCCCCACCCUCGGCUCCAAGCCACUGAGUGAGAAUGGGGGAUCCCCACCCCCUGUCCCCCCACUGUCCAUGCCUUCAAAAUCCAAUGAAGCGGAAGAGGGAUCCCCAGCCUCCCCUCCUACUGACUGGAGCACCCAGCCCCAGCACCAGCACCAGCAUCAGCACCAGCCCCAGCACCCACUCCAACUCGAGCUGCAGAGAGAUGGAAUCAACCUUCCCUCCUACGAUGCCCUGACAGAGAUCCUCCCCGAGUAUGAGCACCUGUUCAGGGCACCCAUCUCCACUAAGGGGGGGCAAGACCAGAAGGGAGGGCACAUACCCCAUAGACAGGACUCCCGUCUCAGGCAGGACUACCCCGGCGAACAGGACCAUACGAACAGGCAGGCACCGCAUGGAGAACACAAAGCUCAGGACCCCGAUCAAGACCCCCUCUCACCGUUUCACACCCUCAGCUCUCCACUCAAAAACAGAGACCCUAUCCGAGACCCUGUGUACGACGGCCAGGCUACAGAAGUUAUUGAACAUGAAAGCAGGGAGCUGGAGAACUAUCGCACAGCCAUGCGCAAGAUGGCGGAGGACAUCAUUGCACUGCGGCGACAUGUGGGCAAUCUGGAGUCAGACAACAGCAAGCUGCGCAGCGAGCUGACCCUGCACCAGGACCUGGGGAAGACACUGCUAGACGAUACCGACAUCGACGUCAUGACCAAGGCUGAGAUCACUGACCGCAUCGCCUCUUUGAAAUUCAAACUGGCCAGCGGGACGGCAGAGGUGAAAACUCACAAGGAUAAAAUCCAGCAGCUUCAGAACGAGUUGAUUCGGAAAAACGACUGUGAGAAGGAGCUGCUGCACCUGCAGAGAGCUCACCAGCAGCAGCAGGCUGUCCUGCAGAGAUACCAGGACCGGGCAGGCAAGGUGAAGAGCCUGGAGGGUACCAUCAGGCAACAAGAGAAGGUAAUUGAAAAGAUGGAAAAGGUGCUGGACACUAAACUGAAAGAAAAGAACAGAGACCAGCCAGCAGCUUUGAAAAAACAAACAGGGGGCAGCAGUGACAACUUGUGGAAAGAGAUAGAGUCAGCGCUGGCAUCAGAAAACUCCAGACUGAGGGCUGAGUUAGAGAAACUGCGCUACCAGUCAGCAGCCAGCCCUUUCCAACAGCCCUUCCAGAAACAGGAUUCCUUCUCUGACACAGAGAAAAUGAGUUUAAUGGCCAAGCUGGAGAAGGCACAGGGGCGAAUACAGAUGCUGGAGACCCAGCUGGAGGAGAAUGCGCGGAGAUGGGGGCGAGAGAAACAGGAUAUGCUCACACGGCUCAAUGAACAGGAACAUGGAUUUGCACGGUCAUCCACCAUGAUUCUGCAUGACUUCCCUCAGAAAGUAUACAGAUUGACCAGGCUGCUCCUCCAGUUGCCUGGAAUCUCAUCAAUGGACCUGACUGUACCACUGGCAGCAGGAGAGGGGCAGGGGCUAGUGGCGCUGUGACAGCUACGCACAGGAUCUCCUCGCAGAUCGGUCCCCUUUCCAGUUACAUCUCUGAGGGAAUGGAAGUUGGCAACAGUCGUCCAGUGCAAACUUCCCUUCACCAUCAUGACUGUCCGACGAAUGCUCAGCAGUGCUGCAGCACCUCAGUUCUGGAACUGUAAUAGCCUCUUUUAAUACAGCCUAACUCUCAAGGUCUAAGAGAUGUAGUGGAAUUUCAUUCAGUUAAAAACACAACACACCCACAGCCACAGGGCAUACCCUGCCUAGACCCAUUUUUUGUGACGAUGCUGCUUGUCAUCAAAUGACAAAACAAAUAACUGUGUAAAAUUAUUUACUACUAACACUUGUCAAAAAUGUUCCAAACCUUCAGUCAUUUGUAGGUGCUAUUGCAAAAGUAAACAUUCUUAAAACAAUAACCGCGUCCUAUAAUGUACAAACCUGUUGUCAAUAUCAUGCUCUGAAAACGACAGCGGAUUUACUCGUUAAUAAGCCAAAAACAGACCACAUUCCAGACUGUUCAAAGUUCAUAAAUCCUGUUCGUUCAACGCGAGUGAAAUGUUCAGUCAUGAUCAAGUCGAUUUAAACUACCUACUUAAAUCACUUUUUUUAAACUAACUACGCUUGCCCCCAAUUAUGUGGUCAUAAAUGUUAAUUACAACACCAUUUCACAAGCUAUUGUAGUGUAAUUAGGUAAUAAUAAUGUUGACGAUGAUUUUGAUGAUGUCAGUGCAUUUAGCUCU